CGCAGCUCAGCGACGCGUCGUGUGCUGCUCUGCUGUCAACAGCACCGGAGAGCAGGUGAAUGCCGGCAAAACAAACUUUCUGCCUGCUCAGCAGCUACAGAAGCGACACCGGAUUUUUAGAAGUUUGAAGACAAGCUCUCGUCAUCGAUAGGAUUAGUUUGAGUCCCAGUCUCCCAAGUGCACCAACGGGAUAGCAAGCCAUGGCAACUGUAGUGCCCAAACUCUCCAGCGGUGGGGCUGUGAAGAUCCGUUUCACCAGUCUGGACCUGGGCACCACCAGGUGGAAAGAAGGAACGUUUGAGAUAUUGGAAAAGGACAAUAAAGUUAACCUCUGCCUGAGAUUCAACUGUGGAGGAGCUUCCAAAACUUUCCAGCUGAACCAGAACGUGAAAAAUAUUAGCCAGAAUGUCAACCGCAUCAUCCUGACUCUGAAGGAUAACAGUGUCAUUACGCUGGAUAGGAUGCCUCAACCUUUGGUUCAGAAGACUAAAGAAUACCUUGAAAAGCUGAAGCAAGGAAAGCCAGUUUUAAAAUCAUCCCUUGGAAGUGCCAACUUCAGUGUGCUCGGGAACCGCUCUGUGAAAAAUGAGGCCAACCCGUCCGGGGAGAGACAGACGACACCGAGGCGACAGAGCGCAGAAGGCCGGGAGGACACGACACCGAGAAAACCUCUCGGCAGCCCGAGCAGAGCGGCCUCCACUCCCACUCGCACGGGACUGUCUGAAAACAGGAGCGAGAAGAGAAAGCGACUCCUCACUCCUGAUAACGACCUCAAUGAGGACUACCCAAAGGAAAACGACUCCUCGAGCAACAACAAGGCAACUUCGGACCCCUCCUCCAGGAAGUUUCUUCUGAGCUGCAAAGAAAAGCUAAAGCAGUCAGAGGAGAACAGGAGCUCAGCUCCUCUUGGGUCAACUCCCCUUCAGCCAUCAUCUUUCUACGGCAGCCGAUCUGUGACUAAAGACUACAGCCAGAGCCACUCUUUUCUGGACAGGCCAUCCAGUACUGCACAGACCCCCACAGCCAAGAGGAGCCUCAUGCUCCCAAACCACUCCACUCCCUUUAAGAAGGUACGACCCUCCUUGGACUACGGUGGCUGGAACAAGCAGAGGCCCUCCACCCUGGCACAGCCUCAGGCUCCACUGCAAGGAUUUUCCAACCUGGGUAACACCUGCUACAUGAACGCCAUCCUGCAGUCCCUCUUCAGUCUCCCCUCCUUCUCCAAUGACAUGCUGAGGCAGAGCAUCCCAUGGAAGAAGUUGCCCAUCAAUGCCUUGCUCAGGCGAUUUGCUCACCUCAUGGUGAAGAAGGAUGUGGCCUGUCCAGAGACGAAGAAAGACCUUUUGAGGAAAGUAAAGAGUGCCAUCUCCUCCACAGCAGAGCGUUUCUCUGGAAACAUGCAGAAUGAUGCUCAUGAAUUCUUGAGUCAGUGUUUGGACCAGCUGAAGGACGACGUGGAGAAGAUGAAUAAGAGCUUAACGAACGAGGCCGCCGCCUCCUCAUCGUCUUCUGUGGUGGGUGAGAAUGGUCUGGAGGCAACGUCAUCGGCAGUCAAAGCAGAGCCUGGUGAUGAGGCAGACACCUCGCGGAUCUACACCUGCCCUGUGGCAGUCAACAUGGAGUUUGAGGUGCAGCACACCAUCACGUGUAAAGGCUGUGGCGAGGUGGUGACCAAGCGAGAACAAUUCAAUGACUUGUCCAUCGACUUGCCGCGAAGAAAGAAGACCUUGCCGCUUCGUUCCAUCCAGGACUCCCUGGAUCUGUUUUUUAGGAUGGAGGAAAUUGAGUAUUCGUGUGAAAAGUGCAACGGGAAAUCAGCGACUGUUACGCACAAAUUCAGUAAACUACCCAGAGUGCUUAUCCUACACCUGAAACGGUACAGCUUUAACGCUCAGCUGUCUCUAAACAGCAAGCUGGGUCAGCAGGUCUUGAUCCCCCGAUACCUGACCUUGCUGCCCCACUGCACCGAAUCUACAAGACCACCCAUCAGCCUUGGCUGGAGCCCCCAAGCUGCCUUGUCCAGAACACUUAAAACGUCACAGUCGGUCAACUCUUCCACAGGUCCUCUUCGAAGGAUCGUAGGGAAAACUUCCAACUCCAACUGUACCUCCAUCCUCGUGGACUCUGACUGCGAAGAAGGGCCUAACAGGAAGGUGAGCGCGAGCCGCAAGCGACGCCUGAGUAUCUGUCUGCCUGACGACGAUGAUCGCGCUGAAGAGAGGGGGGCAGCAAUCGAUUCAACAGACUUCAGUGGCAUCAAUGAUGAUGAAAUGCUGGCGGCAGUGCUGGAGAUUAGUCGCCAAGAGGCCGGGCUCUCUGCACCUCCUUCUCUGGAUGAUGAGCCGACAAGCAGCCCGGACACCGGGUUUGGGGACACAGAUGCACAUGACUUGGCCUAUCACGCAGAUCUGCUGGAAGCAGAUAGCAAACAGCCUGCAGAUGUGCUGGACUCCUUGGACCUGACCAUGGAUGAAAACAAGGAGAACCAAACUCCAGAGAGUGGUCAGCAGCAGGGGGAGCUGGACUGGGUCCAGCAGUACAAUCUGGAUCAGGAGAGGGAAGAACAGGAGCUGCAGCAGGCUUUGGCACAGAGCCUCCAGGAGCAUGUAAGACCAGAGAGAGACUAUGUAGCAUUUAACACAUCUUCAGCUCAACUGUUUUCAUAUUUCAACACAGUGGAGACACUUUGGUGCACCUAAAUGGAAAAAGUGCUUACUUUCAGCACUGAAGAGAGAAUGGUUGGAGCCCAUCAGAAGGGAUGGCUACAUUUACAUCCCUCUGACCCAAAUGGACCUUUGUAUGAUGCAAUGUAACACCUGAGUUUGGUGCACCAGUUCUACCAGUGUUAGAUGCUCACAACAAUUUUUUUUCUUGCUUCCAGUAAUGAUGACCUUCCAUUUGCUGUUAGAUUACAGUAGAU